AAGCUCCACUCACUGCUAAGGUCUUUGAAAGUGUGCAUCCACAUCGAUGACUGCCUGAGUUAACGUUGAAGUCGCAAAUAUCUUGUAAAAUAGCAUAUUCCGAUCCUGAUAAGCAAUAACAAUGAGAGGGGGAAGCGGGCAGGACCGGUUAGAUCUGAACCGGUGCACUGCUGCCAGACUCAGCGCGGUGACGGGUAUCGCCGCAGACACCGCCAGUCGCAUCAUUGCAUACCGCCGACGCAAAAAGAGACUAGCUAGCGUGCGAGAUGUUUUGGAUGUGAGAGGGGUGACGGAAAAGGAUUUGGAGAUGCUCAGGCAAUCUACUCAAGUCCGUCGGCUGACUUCGCCGCGUUCUCAUCAGGCCAAGACUGACAAGAGUCCUGUACUCAAGAAGUCCUCUCGGAGGACCGCCACAAAAUAUGUCCCUUCCCCAAAACAAAGGUCAACAAAAAGUCAACAAUGGAAACCCAAGCCUGCAACAUCCAAGAAGGGCACACAGACACUCGAGACUGGCAGUUCCUUGGAAACGAGAGUAAAAAUUUCAGCUUUUAAUAGAAAAAAGGGGAAGACGCUACCCAUAAAAAGAACAAAGGCCAGCAAGGUCUCCAAGAAGCCCCCUGAAAAUGCAAACGAGGUAAGGAAGCCAGAGAAAGGGAAUCAAAGUUUUAUGAUAAACAGACAAUCCUCACCAACGGGUCUGCUACUGUGCAGAGAGGCGGAUCGACUCAAAGCAUCUGAAGGUUUGGACUACGUUGGUACCUACGGAUCCCCUAGACCCCUCCUGACACUCUCUAGUCAAGGGGUUGGAGUGCAGCAGGCGAAGGCACAGAUUAACAAUUGCGCCAUCACCGUGCACUUGAUGGAGAGAGCGCCGCUGAUGUCGCCCAUGGUGACUGUUAACAUUCCCUCUUGCGUUCUGGCUGAAUCUGCAGGAGUGGUGGCUAUCACUGAAGACAAGAGUUCCUCACAUGAGACGCCGAGCAGGAGACUCGACGAAGACACUGCUGCACAGAGUAUAUUGGCAAACGGACUGAGACAGAGAAAUGAGCCCAAGCAGUCGAGCCCUGCUGAGAUCAUCAACAAAAAUGACCAGAGUAAUUCCAACAACCAACGGCCAGAGAAUGAAGGAGACGAGGCCGGGAGAGUGAGUCCAGUGAAGAUAUUCCCUGGGGAUCAGCAGGAGGGAUAUUUGGCAGGAUCUGAAACUGACCAUUCGCCUUCGAAUUUUCUGCCAAAUUUACCAUCCCCCGUUGACCACACACCAAUAUCUCUAACAGUUGGCAAUGAUAGCGAGAUAAUUGGUUCCAGACCUACUGGAAGAAGGAAAACUAGAUCGAGUCACAAGGGCACGGCCGAGAAGGUACAACUAUGGCUGGAGAACUCCUCCUGCUCUUCCAGUUACUUCAACCCGGAGAAAACGAGUGUAGGCCUGCGAAACUUGUUCGAUGGAGAGCCUAAGAGCCAACUGGCUGAAAAGUCCUUAAUAGCGGGCACUGGCCCGUUGCCGACGACGACACAGGCCGACGAUGAAUCGGAGAUGGUUGUUCAAAGUUCACUCGGCAAAGUGCGGUCUGAGUGCAAGAGAGAGUCGGAACGCGAACGGGACCUGCUGACGCCAGUUGCUGGAGGUGCAGCGGGUGGGAACGACAAAUCAGUGCAAACGCCUCCGUGCUCUUGUAGAUCUUGUCGGCGGAAGAGACGGGCUAGGAAACGGUCGGCUGAAGCGGCGGGACAGCAGUUUGAACACAUGGGGACCAAGGACAAUUUUUUCCCGAAAAAUCAAGAAGAGCUAAGCACUGCCUGGUGCUCGCUCCUGUAAAUAGCGGUGGUGUGAUCAAAAUAAGCGGUAAAAAAUUGUAAAAAAUUUGAUUCAACAAGUCUGGGGGGAAAUGUUUUAAAUGUACGGGGACCCUUAAAUUUAGGUCUAAUCCUUUUGGAGAUUUAAUGAUAACCCGCGAGUCAAAGGUUCAUCAUAAACUUUAGAUUGAGACUGAGGCGACUCAUAAACAAAAGUAACUUAAUUUGGCCGAAGCCAUUUUGAACGGGGGAAUGUGAAAUGGAAAAUGUAAGCACCCGCGUUCAAAGAUAGGCAGGGUUUCACCGUUCACAGGAACUCCGUAAAAUUGAAAAGCGGGAAAGGGGGCUGGCUCGACACCACCUUUUUCCAACGACUCUUUACAAAGCAGACAGUGGCAAAUGUUCACACGACUAGUAAAGGACAUAAAGUGAACUCUUGAAGCAAGGGGAACUUAAUGUUGGAGGGGGGCACGCACUUCCUCGUCAAUGGUUGAUGCCACGUCACCUCCAAGCAAGGUCUACGGAACACUCGGAUGCCUAGGGCCGCUACAGACUACGCAAUUUCUCCCUGACCAUAAUGUCAACCGUACCAUUCGUUUACAAAGAAUCACGGUUACCUUAUGUGAAAAAAAGUUGAACACUUUCUAGUUUACAAGGAAACAACGCAAAGUUUUAACAGACGCUUUCCUCUUUCAGGAAACAGCAAUGUUCUUUUGAACGGGCCCAUAUCGGAUCCAUGUACCUGGCGGUUCCAAUGUACCUGAGAAGCAUUUAUGAUUCAUUAUUAUGAAAAGAAAACCAUUGCUUGGAUGAUGCUAACAGAAACUGAUUUUUAUUUGUAAACUGACAUUGGUGUACUGAUACAUGUAUGUGAAAUUAUUUAAGGAGAAGGUUGUAGCACACUUAACUCCCUUAUGCAGAUUGCAAGUGUCGUCAGAGUGUUGGCCACAGUGGUAGCAUCUUUCAGAUUGUUCAGUCCGCGGGUCCAAAAACGCUGCAGGCAAAUUCAUUGGCCUAUUUGAAACAGUUGUGGGUAAUUUUUUGUCUUUACUCACAAUCUGCUAGCUCAAGGGCCCAGAAAAAGGACCCAUCGUCUGCAAGCGCCAUCUCCUCUCCCCGGUACCGGUACUCGUUCUAUAGCCAUGCUCCGACCAGGUUCCCCCCCCCCAGGAAUUGUCUCUCAAUUCUGACAUUAUAUUAGCAACUAAACCUUUCAAGUAACCUCCACAUCAGUAUUUCUAAUCAAUAUAUCUAAUAUUUCACCUUUCUUCAUAAUUGUUGUCUCUGUUUUUUAUAAUUAAACCUCAAUAUAAUGCUGGCUGAAGGAAAUGUAGCAUUUCUUUGAAAUCGAAACUUUAGUUUUGGAAAAAUAUUUGACUGUCACAAAUUAAAACUGGUGUUUAGAACUAAUGUUUUUAACGUUUUCUAGAUACGCAAACAACAUCAGGGAAUGUGUCAAUGAGGAUUUAGUUCUGAUUAGCUGCUUUUAAGACCCCUAAUAAUCUUUCUAGAUUUAAUGGGUUGUCUCGUAUAACUCUGUUUUGCUUCCUCGACGGUUUGCCCAAAUUUAAAUGCAACAGCAUCAAGCUGGAAAGCUGUUUUUCUGUCCCUUACUUAAGGCCAGUCUGUAUUUUGCUUUGUUAUUAAAAUUAAGCAUUACUUUA